UGGCUCCGGCCUACCUGUGUCUCUAUAAAGGUGAGACACGGACACGGUCAAGGCAGCAGCCACAGCAGCCCGCCACGCACAGGACACCUUCACGCACGCACGCACGCACGCACACAAUGUUGUGGAUAACUUCUUUGCUUCUCUUGCUUUCUCUUCAGGCAGUCUCUGCAACACUGCUGGAUGAACUGGAAGACGUGAGAGUGGAUGCAGCAGAACCAUCACCAUCACCACCACCGGACAAAUGCGACCCUGAUUGUUCUUUUGCUAACGAUGGUGAUAACGUAGAAAACCCCAAGAAUUGCCACCAGUUCUACGUCUGCUUUGAUAAGGAAGCUAUCGGGCCCAUAGACUGCCCUGAUGGUAAAUAUUUUAACAAAAACACAAGUGACUGCGUGACAAAUGGCCCCGAGGAAUGCACGCCCGUAUGCGGAGGACCCAGUGGUAGCUGCGCGUAUGAAUGUGGUGGUGACCCUUACGUGGCAGACAGAUAUGACUGCUCCAUCUACCAUGACUGUGCUAGUGGCACCGUGAUGCACUGUGACCAGGAGACGCCCUUCUUUAACGGAGAGACGUGUCAGACUGAGGAGAAGUACUGCUGCCACUGCAACCCUUACUGCUACAAGGGCGACAUAGGCAAGAAAGUGCUGGACCCCACGGACUGUACUAAAUAUUACGUCUGUAUAGAAGAAAAUGUUAUCCCUGACCUUUCCGGCCACUGCUCCAAUGGAAAAUUCGACCCCUUUCUCCAUGAGUGUUCUUCUAGUGCCCCCUGCCUCACCCUCUGCACCAAUGUUGUGAAACCAGACGGCUGCAUCGACAUGUUUACCUGCAAGAAGGUCGGUAAUUUCCCAGCGUGCGUGGACAGGUGCACGCCACAGUACUACAAAUGUGGUCCUGGAGACAUCGGCUCAGUCGUGGGCUCGCAAUCUUGCUCUGGAGACACUGUGUUCGAUCCCCUCCUGGGUUACUGUGUUUAUCCUUCCCUGUGCUCCAUUCAGGAAUUAAUUUGGUAUUGAGGCUUCACACACACACACACACACACACACAAACACACACACGAAAUAAAGGAAUUAAACAGAGGGAGGUUUCAAGACACUUAUCCUUCAAUUUUUGACUACCGCUUUGGACACUUUUAUGGGACUGGCAUCUCAGUGGGAUUUUUUUUUUUUUUGUUGCCCUUUGCCAUUGUCCCUCCUACAUAAAAAAAAAAAGAAAGAAUAGUAGUAAAAUGUAGAGAGAGAGAGAGAGAGAGGAGAGAGAGAGAGGGAGAGAGAGAGAGAGAGAGAGAGAGAGAUGCGCAGUUAUUAAAUCUUCAUGUUUGUUAUUUUUUCCUGGUAUUUUCCCCCUCUCCCUCUCUCCCCUCCUACCCCCCAAUCCUCCUCCUCCUCCUCCUCCUCCUCCUCCUCCUCCUCCUCCUCCUCCUCCAGGCUAUUUGGUAGCUAGUUAGAAGCUGGUGUUUGACUUUCCUUUCGUUUCCUUUCUAUUCCUUCAUCGCCUCCUGCAGAUUGAUAAAAUAUUUCUCAACGAAUGAUGGUCAAAAGAACGAAGAUGAGGAGGAGGAAGAGGAAUGGAAGAAAUAAAGAAAGAUGAAAAUAA